AUGUUUCCGAACGAUCCCCGCAAGAACGUCCACAUAUUCGCCCUAACGCUGAUCAAUCAACUGCAAAUAGCCUACGAGCAGGAACCCCUCAAGGGAAUGGUCGGCAUCACCUUGACGUACCUCGAAAUAAUGUAUCCGCAGCCCAAAGAUCUCCCGUCGAAUGAAGACUUCGAUUAUUAUCUGACCGCUUUCUGCAUUUAUCAGCAAGCUAGACGGAAUAGCUUAGAGUCGAGUUACUCGCAUUGGGACUACGCGGUUCUGAUCUCUGCGAUGAGUAUGUACGCUCGGAACAAACGGGGCGAGAGGAUGAACGAUGUUGUCGGUAUGACAGCGGUCGCUGGCAUGUGCAACGAGCUGCAUUCGUGCGCUAUCCUCCAAGGCCGAGAUUUGCAGAGUGCGCACAUAAUCGCACACGAAAUGGGCCAUUCGCUGGGCAUGGAACACGACGGCGAAGGUGACAACAGACACUGCCAAGGAAACGCUCACGUCAUGUCGGCGACGACCGGGCUUUCGAAAAAGUCAUGGUCCGACUGCAGUGUGCAGUCACUGAAGCAUUUCUUGCAAUCGGACCGAGCCGAUUGUCUGUACAAACG